CAACGUCCCUGCCUAAAACCUAUUCUUAGCGUCUAGAGAAGAAGCCGCGGAACUCCGCUUGCCUGCUUGCUCAUCCCUGGCACACUCAAGUCCCUGCUUGCAGCUGGUGAUGAAGUAUGAGUGUCGCAGCGGGGCGCUAUGCUUUGAGCCAUUGAGCGAUUGCAUUCUGUUGCAAUGCUUCAAUCACAACAAGCCUUAGCUGUGCACACGCGAAUGAAACGUUUCAGCGCCACCCUCAGGCUCUGACCGCCUCUCAGCAUUGAUUGAUUUGCUCUCCAAGUCACGAUGCGCGGGUCAAAGAAUCGCAAGGGUGGGAGCUUUCUCGGGGGCCGGCCCAGUAUAACUUACAUUUACUUCCUGCUGACGAUGACAGUCGCCAGCGUUCUAAUCGCCCGAGAUUGGUUCCACCCCAGACUGGAGCUGCUGCAUCAACGCGAGUUUGUGCAAGAGGAAAUGGGGUUCUUCUACCACAAGUCGACAGCAGAGAGCGCUUCUUUGCGGAGAUCAGCAGCAGGGGAAACCGCCUCCGAGGCAUCAGGGGCUGGUUCGGGGGCAAAGGCAAGUGGCGCAGACGUCAUGGAAAGGGGCAGUGUGAAGUUUCUAGACCUGGGGAAAGCAGCAUAUGUGCGGGGGCGCAACUUUGAGGAAGACGGGUACACUUUAACGUGUCCGGAAGGCCAGGGCCCCUUGUUCACCCGUCCGCUGUCCGUAGUAAUCGCCUUUCCGUACGCGGGGUAUGAGUGGGUUAGCAGGGCGCUUGAGAAUGUUAUCGAUCAGCUAGAUGAAAAGAAGGCCGCUGGAAGCGAUACCAAUGUGUUCCUUCUAAAGGGAGGGGCAGCUAGUGACUUGAGACGAGUCACUCAGGGCAGGGAGUUUCGGGCCGUCGUUGUGUUACGCGACCCUCGCGACUGGGUCACUCUGAAAGUUCUGAGUCGACCGAAGGCCGAAAGGUCCUGGUCAGAGGGGCUGUUGGGAAACCUGUUCGGACGGGCAGCGGCGAUUGACACCGGCGUUUCGGAAGCAUUAGACAUCGAGAUUAGUCAGCUGAAGCAAGAUGUUGAGAGAAAUGUGCGAGGGGGGUCCAGUCUUCUGUCCAACACUUUCAACUUAGCAAGGUUUGCAAGCGAGGCGAACGAUUCGAGCAGAGUAGCAUUUGUUAGAUAUGAAGAUAUGUGGCAAAGGAAUCCCAAGGGGGGCUGGCCCGCGAUCGCGUGCUGGCUGGGAUUACACAAACAAAGUGUAGCGCAGCUUUUUGAGAAUCAGCAACGGCUAGAGCAGGAGGGCUUUUUCGUACCAGGAGUCGGAGCCGAGGGGUAUGCCCCCGGCCUGUGGCGGAACCACUUCUCCGCUGAAAACGCGAGGCACUUCAAGGAAACGUUGAGAGAUCGGGCACGGAGCUUCCACCACUUAGAGAUUGCUGGUGGCGGUCGGAUGGCUGGCAAGGUGGGAGCUUGUUCUGAUCAUCUGCGCCUUGUGGCGCAAGGAAGGUUGGCAAUAUUUAUACAAAGCUAGGGGCUCGCUGAGCUUUGGUCUAGCUGCUUUGAAAGCGUUCAGGACGGCUGAUUGAAGGCUAGAAGCAGGACUGAACGUGAAGCGGAGUGCUCCAAAUGCAUUAUUGAUAACAUUGCAUCUCUGAUGGUUUUUUCCUUCUCUAAAGCCCUUCGUCAAAUGGGCACCCACUUGAAACG